CCGCGGGCAGCUGGUAAAUCAACAACUCACGCCCUCGUCAAAAGAGACUAAAGUUCAGUUCGGCCAUCAAAGGACCCUCGGGAAAAAAGCAAUGAAUCUGUUGGUGGAAACCUUCCUGUUCCUGGGCACGCUCGCCUACUCCUACCUGGAGGCUUUCGUGAAGCUGUUUGUCCCCGUGAGGAGGAAGUCUGUCAGCGGAGAGCUUGUGCUCAUCACGGGUGCUGGCCAUGGCGUCGGCAGAGCGACCGCCCUCGAGUUCGCCAAGCGCCAGAGCAGGCUGGUCCUCUGGGACAUCAGCAAGCACGGCGUUGAGGAGACGGCAGCAGAAUGCAAGAAUCUGGGGGCCACUGUUGAAGCCUUCGUGGUGGACUGCAGCAAACGGGAGGAGAUCUACAGCGCUGCAGACAAGGUGAAAAAGGAAAUUGGGGAUGUGACCAUCCUGGUGAACAACGCUGGUGUGAUCACAGCUGCCGACCUGCUCUCAACUCAGGACCACCAGAUAGAAAGAAUGUUUGAAGUCAACAUCCUUGCUCACAUGUGGACGACAAGAGCUUUUCUGCCAGCCAUGAUGAACAACAACUAUGGGCACAUUGUCACGGUGGCUUCGGCAGCAGGUCAUUUUGUGACUUCUUUCAUGGUGGCUUAUUGCUCGAGCAAGUUUGCUGCAGUUGGAUUUCAUAAGGCUCUGACAGAGGAGCUGUCUACCCUGGGAAAGGAUGGAAUAAAGACCACGUGCCUUUGUCCUGUUUUCAUAAACACUGGAUUUGUCAAAAACCCCAGUACCAGGCUUGGAAAGAUUUUGGAGAUUGAAGAAGUUGUAGAGGCUCUGAUGGAAGGAAUAGUGACCAACCAGAAAAUGGUUUUUGUUCCAUCAAAUCAGAGGGUCGCUUUACUCCUUGAAAGGGUGUUUCCAGAACGUGCCCUGAAUGUUCUGAAGAAGAUGACUGAUAUCAAGUUUGAUGCAGUCAUUGGGCAGAGAAGCACCCAGUGAAAACCAAGAAUCAGUUCUCGUUUCCCAGUGAGUUUCACUCGUUUCCCAGCACGAGUGAAAACAGAACAUGUGCUGAGGGUAUUUCAGCUGGUUUGAUUCAGAACACAGAUGGGUGCUUCCAGGCCACUGUUUCCAAGCACACAGAAGGGUUUAUCCCACACCUGCAGCAGAAACAUACCUGCCUAACAUGGAGUGUUAGCAAGCAGAGAUGCAGCUCUAGAAGUCUAAAGGACUGCUUUGAACAUAAAUCACAUCGCCUCUGUCUUGUAGUGUUGAGGCAGAUGGGAAUUCCCACAAAAUCUGUGUUUGGGACAGCAAUGCUGCCUACUUGAGUGCAAAGGGAUUGUCUGAGAAUAUUUUAAUCUGGACUCAUCCCUGAGUAAAGCUGUCUUGCAAGAAGGAAUUUAUACAGCAGGUGGGUGGCCUGUUUCACCUCAGUUUAUAUUUUUAAAUCCACAAUGAAUUUCACAUACUUUUGUAGCAAGUACCUGAACCAAUACAUAUAUGUAUGUAAUAUAAUACCUAAUUACAUUGAUUAUCGUUUAUGAAUUAGCACCAUCCAUAUGCCUUUAUAUGAAUAAAUACAGUUCUUUAAUACAAAGAACACAAA